GUCUGUAAAUGCGCUCGACAGAACGAAGCAGGCUUCCUCCGACCCAACCAUCCCAUGGAACCCGAGUCCGAACCUCCGCCGCCGCCACUAUCAGCGGAGCCGCCCUCAGAACCUGGCGCUGAGGAGGACGCGGAGGCGGAGGCCCGCCGCCUCAAGUCCCUGGCGGAGGAGAAGCUUCUCUCGUCGUCUCUCAAGUCCGCCCUCAAGUAUGCGAAGCGCGCCGCCCGGCUCGCUCCCGACCUCGACGGCGUCACCCAGAUGGUCACCGCCCUCAAGGUCCUCCGCGCCGACCCCUCCGACCACUACAAGGUCCUCCGCCUCCCACCCUUCUCCACUCCGGCCGCCGUCCGCAAGCAGUACAAGGCCCUCGCCCUCAUGCUCCACCCCGACAAGGCCGCUGCCCACCCCCUCCCCGCCGCCGAGGACGCCUUCAAGCGCGUCGCUGACUCCUUCCGCUUCCUCUCCGACCGCUCCCUCAAGCGCGACUUGGACCUCCGGCUCCGCCUCUCACUAUCGGCCGCCGCCUCUGCGGAGGGCGAGGCCCCGAUCCCUCCCGUCACCUUCUGGACCGCCUGCACCACCUGCCGCCUCCUCCACGAGUUCGAUCGCAAGUACGUCGGUUACCGACUCGUGUGCCCUAGCUGCCGCAAGAGCUUCCUCGCCGUUGAGGUCCCUGCUGGAGACAAGCCGAGCGCCGCUCAUGAGAACGGAGCGAUGAAAGAUGAGGCCAGGGUUAGGGUAACUCGGUCGAGGUCCAGUUCCAGGCCUAGGAUUCCCCGGUUUCCGGCGCUGGUGGGGGAUAAGAAGAGGAAAACUAGGGUUUCGCCUUCCCCCGUUGCAAAGAUGCCCCGGCCGAGUGCGGAGAAGACUUUGGCGGAGAUACAGAUGGAGCUCAUCAAGGCGAAGGGAAAGGACAAGAGUAGGAACGGAGGGAAGGAGAAGGCUUUAGCUGCCGUGAAAAUGGAAGAAGACAAUGAUGUAAGCCUUAUGGCAGUGGAGGACUCCGAUUUCUACGAUUUCGACAAGGACAGGACAGAGAAAAGCUUCAAAAUGGGGCAGAUUUGGGCUAUAUAUGAUGAUGAUGAUGGAAUGCCACGGCAUUAUGGACUAAUAGAUGAGGUGAUAUCAUUCAAUCCAUUCAGAAUGACAAUGAGCUGGUUAGACAUUCAGUGCAAUGGGGAUGAGGCUAUGGUGCUGGGGGAAAAGUCGGGGUUGCAUAUUUCGUGUGGGCGGUUCAAGGUGGGGAGGAAGGUUGACAUAGAUUCUGUGAACUGCUUCUCCCAUUACGUCAAUUGUGAGAGAGCUGCAAGGGAGCUUUAUAGGAUUUAUCCUAAUAAGGGUUCUGUAUGGGCUCUCUACGGUGAGCAGAAUGCAAGAGAGGAUGGAAGGCACUACGAUAUUGUUGUUUGCCUCACCAGUCACAGUGAGAUGUACGGGUUGAGCAUCGCAUAUCUUGAAAAGGUGGUAGGUUACAAGACAAUAUUUAAGAGGCAAGCAAUCGGUUGCCAUGCUAUUAAGUGGCUCAAGAAAGAUGAUAUGAGGUUGUUUUCACACCAAAUACCUGCUCGAAAACUUUCAGAGGCCCAGGGAAUAGACCUGCCAAGAGACUGCUGGGAGCUUGAUCCUGCUUCCCUUCCUCCUGAUUUGCUUAGAAUUGGUUGUGGUUGAUGAUUACUCAGCUUCUUGCUUCUAGGCCGUAUAAUGCUGCAAGCAUUGAUAUGAUCUAUGGGAACAUUGCUGAUCUCAUAUUGAGAGCUUGCUCAUGCUGGAAUUUCCUCAACCAUAUUGCAAACCUGCUCGUGGACAAGCGUCUGCUAAUAACUUAGCUGCUUAAAUGUACAGGGACCUCAAUUUCACCUGGAAUGGUAUGUACUGACUGGUAUUCACGGGUUUGGGCAAAUGCCAAGACUUCGACUAUCCCAUUUCAGCACUCCAGGUCCAAGACAGGGUUCCUGAUCAGUAACCCUGGCGAACUGGUCUUACCAUCCCUCUUCAGAUUGUGCAUCUCUCAGCAAUAUGCUUCUACCAAAAACCAUAAUUGUAGUCAUGAAUAUUCUAUAAUCAUGUAUGCCCCUUUGGAUAUGUUAGAUUGGUACAUUGAUCAUUUUCUCUUCUGAGCUUGGCAUUGCAUGUUCAUUACAGCAGCUGUUGAGCUCUCACAUACUCAAGGUGCUGUAUAACAGAUAUCACUACAGUGGAAAAUGUUCAGUGCUGCAUUUUGGUAAUUCCCAUGUGUGGUAACUGUAUUCAAUUGCCUGGUAACAAGCAUAUCCAGCAUUUCCAAGUA